CGCGCCUGCAGCCUAGGCUCUGGUGCCCGCCUAGGCUUGAGACAGGGCUUCCCACGUGAGGUGCUAAUGUUCCUGACUCCGGAAGCCAUGCACUCCGGUGGCGCGGCCAGGGCCUGCCGCCGGGCCUGCAGGUGCUGGCUGUCCGGGUGUGCGGGUCCCGCAGAUGGGACGCAGCAGCCUGACGCCCCCGGGCGUGCAGUGGCCGGCGAGGCGCUGGUAGACCUCUGCCGGAGGAGGCACUUUCUCAGCGGGACGGCACCGCAGCUCAGCACGGCUGCUCUCCUGAGCGGGUGCCACUCGGGCUUUGGACCUUUGGGUGUAGAGUUACGAAAGAACCUAGCCUCACAAUGGUGGUCCUCUAUGGUGGUGUUCAGGGAGCAGGUCUUCGCGGUGGACUCCCUCCACCAGCAGCCGGGCUCUUCGCAGCCCGGGGACAGUGCCUUCAGGUUAGUUUCUCCAGAAUGUAUACGCGAAAUUUUGCAAGACAAAGAGCUGAGUAAGGAACAGCUAGUGGCAUUUCUUGAGAACUUAUUAAAAACUUCUGGGAAACUACGGGAGACUCUUCUUCACGGUGCCUUGGAGCACUAUGCUAAUUGCCUGGAUCUGGUAAACAGAAAACUACCUUAUGGUCUUGCUCAGAUCGGAGUGUGUUUCCAUCCUGUCUCGGACACUAAGCAGAUACCCAACAGUGUUACAAGAGUUGGUGAAAAGACCGAAGCUUCGUUGGUAUGGUUUACUCCCACAAGGACUUCAAGCCAGUGGCUUGAUUUCUGGUUGCGUCAUCGGCUCCUGUGGUGGAGAAAGUUUGCUAUGAGUCCCUCUAACUUCAGCAGCGCCGACUGUCAGGAUGAAUCGGGACGCAAGGGAAGCAAGCUCUACUACAGCUUUCCCUGGGGGAAGGAGCCAGUAGAAACCCUGUGGAAUCUAGGAGAUCAAGAGCUCCUAAACAUGUAUCCUGGAAAUGUGUCUGCGAUACAGGGUCGAGAUGGGCGGAAGAACGUGGUUCCUUGCGUUCUGUCUGUUAGUGGGGACCUAGACCUGGGCACGCUGGCUUACCUCUACGAUUCCUUCCAGCUGGCAGAGAACUCCUUUGCAAGGAAGAAGAGCCUCCAGAGAAAGGUGCUCAAACUUCACCCCUGUUUAGCCCCUAUUAAAGUGGCUUUGGAUGUGGGGAAAGGCCCAAUGGUGGAACUACGACAGGUUUGUCAAGGGCUACUUAAUGAGUUACUAGAAAAUGGGAUUUCUGUGUGGCCUGGUUAUUCGGAAACUGUACACUCCUCAUUAGAGCAACUCCAUUCAAAGUACGAUGAGAUGAGCAUCCUCUUCACGGUUCUGAUCACCGAAACUACACUGGAGAAUGGCCUAAUCCAGCUGCGAAGCAGAGACACCACGAUGAAGGAAAUGAUGCACAUUUCCAAACUGAGAGACUUCCUGGUCAGGUACCUAGCAUCGGCUAGGAAUGUGUAGGUCUUCAUCUUCUCUGCUGAUUCCAUCAACUUAGAUUCACAUGGUUUGGACCUUUUGUAUUUAUAAAGGAGACAUUUUUGGUUCUUCCCUUGAUUCACUUUUUAUUAUGCUUUUGAUAUGGUCUGUAGUGGUCUGAAUAUGUUUGGGCCCAGGGAGUUGUGUCACUGUGGGUGUGGGCUUUAAGACCCUGCUCCUAACUGCCUGGAAGGCAGCCUUCCACUAGCAGCCUUCAAAUGAAGAUGUAAAACUCUCAGCUCUGCCUGUGCCAUGCCUGUCUGGAUGCUGCCAUGCUCCCGUCAUAGUGUUGUGCACCUUUCUUCCCAGCACUUGGGGGAACAGUGCAGGCAGAUUUCUGAGUUUGAGGCCAGCCUGGUCUACAGAGUGAGUUCCAGGACAGCUGGGGCUACACAGAGAAACCCUGUCUUAAAAAAGAAAAAGAAAAAAAAAAAGAAAAUGCAAAUCUUGAUGGUGUGUGUAUAGAUACAUAAAUGCAGGUCCACAUACGUUGUGUGUAUAAAUACACAAAUGCAGGUGUGCAUAAGUGUGUGCAUGCCCCCAGGGAAUCCCAAGGAUCCUUCUGUCUUGCUUUCCUGGUGCUAAGGUUAUAGCUUAUGGCAGAGAGCCUAGCUUUCAGUGGGUACUGGGGAUCUAAUUCCAUUGUUCUUGCUUGCUUGGCAAGCAUUUACCAACUGUUAUGCCUCCCUAGCCCAGUCUCCACCUUGUGACCUUCCUGCCUCUCAGUACAGGGAUCAUAAGCAUGUGCCACCACACCUAGUUUGUGAGUGUCAUGCAUUGCUAAGCAAGCCAUCUGCCCAUUGAGCUGCACCUUGGUCCGCAACUCUGUUCUAUUUUUGUUCUUGUGGGUUUUUUUUUCAACUUCUGUAGUAGCAAAAAGGUAACAAUACUGAUGAAGACAUGCUUUUUUUGGGGGGGGGGUUCGAGACAGGGUUUCUCUGUGUAGCCCUGGCUGUCCUGGAACUCACUCUGUGGCCUCGAACUCAGAAAUCUGCCUGCCUCUGCCUCCCAAGUGCUGGGAUUAAAGGCGUGCGCUCAGGCCACUUGUUAAGCAGAGAUCUUCAGGAGAGUUUACAGGGUGACCAGUUUCCCUUUACCUAGCUGAUGAGUUCCUGCAGCCUCAGCCUCGGGCUAACUAGCACGCCCUUUAAUGAUAGGUCAUCGCCUAGCAAAACCUGUUCCUGCCUGUCAGGACCUAGUUCUCUUUCUCAGUACUGAAAUAAUAUGUAACCUAGUGCGUGCUUUUCUCAGUAAUCAUCCUGAGCUGGGCUUUUACCUCAGAGGUAGAGGUAGAUCACAUAGCAGGGCCCUGGGUUUGAUCCCCUGUGACACACUGGGCACACUCAAAAACACAGCACAGUUGCUUCUCUAUUCAUGACAUAACACAGAAUAAAUGACCUUGGGCAUUUAACAUUAUGUGUGUGAGUGCUUCAAAUUUUCCCUGACAAGUUGAGCAUCUGCCACCAAAGAGUUUGACUCCUCUGUCCCACCAGUCACUGAGAGGUUCCCUGGAGUCCCGAGCUCCCUCACACUCAGCUGCCUUGUGUCUGAAGCCCUUCCUUCUGAAAGCCUCCAUGGUACAUACCAUAUAGAUACCUGCCUAAUGGUCUGAGUCUUACAUGAAGUUGACGCCUGCAGCUCCCAUCCCUGGGUGCUGUUUAUGGAGAACACCGCCAGGGGAAAACAGAACUGGGGAGAUGUAAAUUGUGUCUGCCUUUACUUACCUUGGGCCAGCAUUUCAUUGUUCCUGUGCCCGCUGAUGCUUUCUUAUUAGUUAGCUCGCUCUAUGACCCUGACGUUGCUAAUCAACAGCUGCGUGAUCUUGAACAAAGUUACAACUUUUCCUCUUAAAAAUAAAGACCAAGUGCCCAUCCCCA